ACAGGUGGCGACUUCGACCCCAAUGUCUGGGCCGACGACGAGUUGUGGAACAAGUACCUCGCCAAGGGCCAGCGCUUGAUGUGCCUGAUGGACGCCACGGAUCAAGGUGCUGGGUACCUGAUGCAAGACACGCGACAACCACCAUCGGCUGCAAGUCGGUGGACUACUGAACUCGAAACAUGGCACUGGGACGAGGAGCCCCUCUACGCGGACUGGGAUUGCGACUUCGAGGCCAAAAGUCUCUCUACCGUGUUCCAGGCCCUCGGUAUCAACCCUUAUCCCGCCUACGACGACGACGGUGAACCGGCAGAUGGCGAGAACGAGUGCUAUGUGGUUUCUCAUGCCGAAUUCGGGAGUGGCGUCCCGGUUCGAGAUCAAAGGUACCAUGUCAAUGGCAGAGAAUACAGGGCUACUGGCGCCGCAUACGACUUUGCUGUCAACCAAAAGGACGGGCUCAUCGUCGCGUUGAACAUUAUGAGUCCGUCUGCGGCCGUGCAAAACCGAUUUGGCUGGGGCCGCAAAGCUGAGCCUGGUGAGCUGCCUGAGCUACAUCGUCUCUCCGACAUCUACUGGGGCUUUUGGUUCCGGGGGAACAAUCAUCUCAACGCCUUCAAGUACUACCUCGCCCACCAUGUCGUCAACCCUGAUACGGUCAAACUCAUCACUCGCGCCCUAAGGAAUCGACGCAAGUUCGCGUUGACCUUUUGGCCAGGCGUUGCCUUCACCAUUGGUUCUCCAGAGCACCAGGCCAUCAUCGCAUCCCCCAUUGGCGCGACCGCUGCACACUUCCUCAUCACGCACAAGCCCUUUCUCGGCAUCAAGCGCAUCACAAAGAUCAAUGUUUUCCAUGAUGAUUACCGUCCGGAUGAAGUCAUGUUGAUGUUCACGAUCGAAGACGUGCCCCAGGAU